AACGAGCUGUUCAGCACUCCCUCAUUCUCAGUAAAUCCACCCGAUAAAGAGAAGAAGAAGAAGAAGAAGAAGAAGAAGAGAGAAAAAAAAAUGGCGGAUUCCCUCCCCCCCAUCACCCUCCCCGUGCUGGACAUCUCUAACCCCCUCGAUCCCGCGACGGGGAAGGCCCUGCUGGACGCGGCCGCCACGUACGGCUUCUUGUAUGUGGAUAGUCGGGGGACGGAUUUCACGGCCGAGGAGGUGGACCGGGCGUUUGAGCUGUCGAAGACGUUCUUUGCUUCCCCGGUGGAGGAGAAGGAGAAGUGUCGGAUUGAGCCGAAUAACCGCGGCUGGUCAGGCAUGCAUUCCGAGACGCUGGAUCCGGAGCAUCAGCGGACUGGAGAUUUCAAAGAAGCCUUCAACUUCGGCGAAUUCCUCCCCACCAACAAAGCCCAACAGCCCCUCCCAGCCUCUCUGACCCCCCACGAAGCCGAAAUCGCCCACUUCGCCUCCCUCUGCAACAAGACCUGUUCGCGGAUCCUGACCCUCUUGGCUUUGGGGCUUGGUAUCCCCCCCGACUUCUUCACCACCCGCCACGACCCCACCCGCGGCCCAACAGGGAGCAUCCUGCGCUACCUGUACUACCCCUCGAUCAGCGCGCCCGAAACCUCCAGCUACAAGCACGACGUCGACGUCCGCGCCGGCGCCCACUCCGAUUACGGAUCCAUCACGUUGCUGUUCCAGCGGCCGGGCCAGCCCGGGUUGGAGAUCUUGCCUCCUUCGUCUGUUACAGCCCAGGAGAAGCAGGAAUGGGCGUCCGUGCCUGUUAUCCCAGUGACCAAGUCCAACAACAACAACUCCAACUCCAACUCGGGAGAAGAAAUAGAAAAAGAUAACGAAAAAGAAGAAGAAUACCCCUUCCCCCCCAUCCUCAUCAACAUCGGCGACCUACUAAGCUACUGGACCAACGGGCUCCUCAAAAGUACCGUGCACCGGGUGGUGUUCCCGCUCUCGGAGCAGCGGGUCCCCAACCCGCAGGAUCGGUACAGUAUUGCGUUUUUCUGCCAUCCGAUGGAUCGCACGGAGUUGGUGCCGGUGCCGAGUCGGGUGGUGGAGGAGUAUCAUGAGAAGGGGGUCGGAGGCGGAGGGGAUGGGGUGGGGUUUGGGGGCGGCGCGGGGAGGUUGGGCGAGGGGAGGACAAUCACGGCGCAUGAGCAUUUGAUGGCGCGGUUGAAUGCGACGUAUAGCUUUCGGAAGGAUUGA